AUGGCUUCAAAUAUUCAGACAAGCAGAAGCCUACCAAAUGCCACCCCUUGUUUGAGUUAUUGGCAGCGAACAACUCGGGCAUGUCCGACUUUGGAUACAAACAGCGAUACGACCGUUCCAGCAAUCUCGAAAUAUGUCGUGGUGGGAUCGGGUAUCUCGGGCGGGUUGACGGCCUUUAAACUGAUUGAAGGAGGGGCCAAACCUGAAGACAUCGUGAUCCUCGAAGCACGGGAGGCAGCAAGUGGCGCAAGCUCACGAAAUGCUGGACAUGUGCGACCAGACGCCUUUAGGGGUUUCAGUGCAUAUGCUAAAGUACACGGAGAGCAACAAGCAUUAAAGAUUAUCCAGGAUGAGCGACUGGUCCUAGAAAGAGUCGAUGCAUUUGUCAAAGAACACAAUGUGGAAUGCGACUUUAACUUGACAACAACAUUUGAUGUUUGCAUGACCCCUGAAUUCGCGGCGUACGAGGCAGACAGCCUGGACGCGUUUAAGAAAGCAGGCGGCGAUACUUCACACAUCACAUUCUAUGAAGGAGACCAGGCCAAGCAAAAGACUAGAGUUCCAGGGGCUGUAGCAGCAUACGAGUGGCCAGCAGGAUCGAGCCAUCCGGCAAAGCUUGCACAAUUCCUUCUCCAGGCAGUGAUAUCCAAGGGUGCAAAACUCUACACGUUUUGUCCUGCCACUCAAAUUGAACGGAGCGAUGCCUCAGAAAACUGGAAGGUGCACACGCCCCGGGGAAUCGUCGAAGCAGAGAAAAUUAUUCACUGCACGAAUGCGCAUGCUGCCUUGCUACUUCCACAAUUGGAGGCUUUUAUUCGGCCAAACCGUGCACAGGCUCAUUCUCUCGUACCGGUCCCUGCCUUCUCAGGGCAAAAGGCUCUGCAAAACACUUUCUCGCUUCGCUUUAGUCUCCUCCACUUCUACUCCUUGAUCCAACGGAAGGGUGAUGGUACAUUGGUGUUGGGGGUCUCGCGAUCAAACCCCACGAUGAGUCCUGAGACCAGUGCUGGUCGCUUCAGUACGGAUGAUUCUCGGUACAAUGAAGAGAUUGCCCAAGAUGCUCUACGGACUUUUGGUAAAAUGUUCCCAGCGUAUUCAUCCAAACCUGCCAUGCACGGUGAGGGUCUGGAUCAUGCUUGGACUGGAAUAAUUGCCAUGACUACAGACUCUGUUCCGUUCAUCGGGGCGAUUGAUUCCCUGCCUGGGCAGUAUGUUUGUGCUGGAUUUAAUGGCCAUGGUGGGUUUUUGUUUUAUUCGAGUGGAUUCUCAGGCAAGAUAUACUGA